AUCACCCACCUCAGCACCCAAUAAUUAACUCUCUCUCUCUCUCUCUCUGUGCAAAUAAAAAUGGCCCAAAACAAAGAAACUCGGUUUCUCUUUGACUCUUCCAUCAAGUUGGAGGUCCAGCCUUGCACGGUAGUUGGCACUAUUCUACGUUUUGUCUAAGUAUAAAAUAUGAGGAGGUGACAAUUCGGCAGCCAUUUUCGGAAAUUUUUUUGGCGUGGCAAUUUCAGAAAAAACAGCACCAAGAUUUUGGAGGGAGCAAGCAGCAUUCAUUAUCAGCGAGAAAUAGAGAGGGAAAAGGAGUUGUACUGUUUUGAAAGCGAUUUGAUGGUUCUUUCUUCUCAAUAUUCCGCAUUUCUAAUUGCCAAAUGUGCAGCUGGGAUUGCCGGCAAUAUCUUUGCUUUUGGGCUGUUUGUUUCACCCAUGCCCACAUUCAAAAGAAUCAUCAGAAAUGAUUCAACUGAAGAGUUCUCAGGGCUGCCAUAUAUAUAUGCCCUUUUGAACUGCAUGAUCAGCAUGUGGUAUGGAUCGCCUCUUAUAUCUACUGAUAACAUAUUGAUUCUUACAGUCAAUUCAGCUGGUGCAGUGUUUCAAUUUGUCUACAUAACCCUCUUCAUAAUCUAUGCUGAGAAACCAAAAAAGGUGAGGAUGCUGGGAUUGCUGGUAGCAGUUUUUGGUCUAUUUGCAAUCAUAGUCGUUGGGAGCUUGCAGAUAUCUGACCAUUUUCUCCGACAGACAAUCGUUGGAUUGCUUAGCUGUUUUUCUCUUAUAUCAAUGUUUGCUUCUCCAUUGUUUAUAAUAAACUUGGUGAUCCGUACAAAGAGUGUUGAGUACAUGCCAUUUUAUCUCUCCCUUUCCACCUUCCUAAUGAGCACCUGUUUCCUUCUGUAUGGAAUUUUUAAUUACGAUCCGUAUGUUUAUGUUCCUAAUGGGAUAGGAACAAUUUUGGGAAUUGUACAAUUGGCAUUGUACUUUCACUAUCAUCGUUCAUCAAAAGAAGACUCCAGAGAACCCUUGAUAGUUUCGUAUGCAUAAACAAGUUUGACAACAAGGAAAGACGAAGUAAGAACAAAAAUGUUAUCUUGAGAUGAUAAGGCAACAUGAUUGAAGUGAAGCGUGGUGCUGAUUACCAACUUGAGACAUAAGUUAUAUUCUUCAGCCUUUCAAGCUCCUGGGUGCCUGAUUUGUCAGCCUCCGGCCUACCUCCAUCUUACUUUGCCUAUAUGUGAAACUGCAACCACGUGUACCAUAGAUACUUACAAAGAUGUCCUCCCUUUCCAUCUGUAGCAUUCAUGCAAUUGUCCAAGAACAAAAGUUUCUCAUCUCACCGAGUCAAAAUCUGUAUGUAAAGCCUUUUUUAUAUGGCUUCAGCAGCUUUGCUGUAAAGAGAGGUCAAGUUCCAAAAAUGAAAUUUGUCUUCCCUUAUUUGUUCAAUAUACUAGUACUGGUGGUUUCCAUUUA